GAGCUAGUAAACAAGAAGUCGCUAGAAGAGGAGGGGUUGCAGUCGCAGAGCAAGGCGGAUCCUGUGGGAGCAGAAAGCGGCUCCAGCUGUUUCUGACUGAUACCAGGAAACCUCACUAUUUUAUCCCAAGAACACGGGCACGGAAUUUAGUUCCCGAGCUAGACGCAAGCAUUCAGCGCAUCAACUGUGUUGUUGUGCGUUGAGGUGACGUUACAGCAGUGUCAUUAGCAGCUUUGCUUCCUGUUGUGCCUGGAGGAGAAAAGAACCCACACACAGCAAUGGGCAAUGGAAUGAACAAGAUCCUUACUGGUUUGUUUAUUGGGAACUUUAAAGAUGCUCGAGACGUUGAACAGCUGCACAAAAAUAACAUUACUCAUAUACUCUCAAUCCAUGAUAGUGCAAGACCUAUGCUGGAGGGAAUGAAAUAUCUCUGCAUUCCUGCCUCAGAUUCACCAAGUCAGAACUUGAUACAGCAUUUUAAAGACAGCAUAGCAUUUAUACAUGAAUGCCGGCUGAAGGGGGAAGGCUGUCUUGUUCACUGUUUGGCUGGAGUCUCCAGAAGUGUAACAUUAGUAGUAGCCUAUGUUAUGACAGUCACAGAUUUUGGUUGGGAAGAUGCUUUGUCUGCUGUCAGAGGAGCAAGGACAUGUGCCAAUCCAAAUAUGGGCUUCCAGAAGCAGCUUGAGGACUUUGGAAAACAUGAUGUCCACCUUUUUAGGACGUGGCUGAAAGAUACUUAUGGGGAGAGUCCUUUUCAUGAUAAAGAUGAAGCCAAGCAGCUACUUGACAAAUAUAAACAGCAAGAAGCCACAGAAUCCCAAAAUGCCACAAGUUCUGGAAGGCAGUGGAAUAGUCACCUUACCUCUCUUUCAUCUAUGUCUUACAGCAACUACACUACAGAAACAUAAUACGUCUGUAUUUAACAUUGCAGAAUAUGUCACUACUCAAAGAACAUACUGUAAGCAGAGACCUUGCCGGUGGUGGGCAUUAGUUGUGAUGAAGCGCGUAAAUUUGCUUUAAUGGAUCAAAUUCUGCUCUUAAGAUUACAGUAUACUCUCCCUUUGUUGCUGAGUUUUGCAGUGAUUUGCAGGAUGGUUUCAAAAUGUUAUGAUAAGGAAACAGAUUGAUGCAGCUGCAUUUAUAGUUUUUGGCAUCUUGCCACUUUAUAAGGUAUGGUUUCAGAAAUCCAGAACCCUUUUAAAGAUGAGCAGCAUUGUUCUUUAAUCUGCUAUGCUUCUAUCUAUAACACAUAGUUUCAACUUUUCUACCUCGAAAUGCCACUGUUUGUACAUACCAUUACUUCCUGCCAUUUGCGCCCCUAACCCAUGACAAAGGGAUCUGCUCAAGUCACAGCAUUGCUGGACUUCCUCAGGUAGUGUGUAUACACGGAACACAGUCAAAUCAGGUGUUUCUGUAAGCUCAGACCAACUUCAAAUUACCACGGUGCCAUUACACGCUCAGGUAAAUUAUAUUAGAAUGUUUUCAUCUUUGCUUCUUGGAAAGCUGUGUGGAGUAUUUAGCAUUUGCUAUAUCUGAAGUUGCCGUUAAUUAUUAUAUAACUGAAUUAUUGUUACAUCGGUUAGUUAGAGAGCGAGAGAGACCAUGGCAAAUGCCACUUUUUGACCAUAUUAAAGUUUAGUAAAGAUUAAGCAAAGUUUAGCUAUUUACAAUUUGUAUACUUUUUGUUUUCUUAAUCCAUUCAGACAGGUAUUUAUAUAAAUAUAAUGUUAAGAACAUGCUUGAAUAAUGGAAUAUUUAUUUAUAAAGCGCCAUAUAGCUUCUUUCUGCAUUUUACUAAGUAAUAAGAGUGACCGGAAAAGUUGUUCCACUUGGGGGCCUUGUAGUUUUCUGCAAAGUCUCUGGAAAUAACAUCCUGGCAUUUUGUGCUCCUGAAUUCCUUUAGGGUAAGGCCAGAUGAGGAGAUUCGGGGAGAUUUUGUCGCCUGGCGACUUAUUGCCACGUCUUUUGCGUGACUAU